AUGACCUAUCAUGCAUAUGUAAGCAAGAGUGAUUGGAAUCUGCUUAAACAAAUAUUUAAUUUAGAAUAUGCUUUAUUAGAUAACAAUUCAGAUAUCGAUCCAAUUUGGAUUUCACGUAGCCUAUCGGUGCCAAAAUCAAAAUUAUGCUUUAAUUGUGUUAAAAGAUCAGGUGAUGAAUUUGACAGUUUCAAAUUAACUAAACUUCGUGAUCAACUCAUCGAAAGCCUUGCCACAAUAAAACCAACUACCUCCCAAGAUAUCCUACAUCCCAAAAGUAACACCACCAGACUUGACAUCACUUUAACCAAUAACAGUAGAAGCCAAGAAGUUAUUCUUAAUUCAACUCAAUUGAUGUCAACUCAACAAAACAAUAAUGAAAUCAAUAUUACUAUGAACAUCAAUUCAAAAUCUCUUCACCAAUCAAAUAUGAAGAUGUUCCAAAACCUCGCGGAUAAAGAAUCUUAUGAUAGUUUUAUACGAGAUAAGCUACUAGAUAGUAGGGAAUCACCCAGCGCAAUUGCUGACACAUUAGUAUUAAAUUCACCAUGUUUAUUAGAGAUGCUUUGUAUAUUAUUAAGAAAAUCAAUGGAAAAUGAUUGGGUAUCACCAUCGCUACGAAAAGGUGCAGGUAUCUCUACGAAUCAAGACGAUUGGAAUCAAUUGGAUAGAGUGACACGAAUUAGUUUCACCAACGACCAGCUGCUACAGAUUAUUGAGAGUUUGAAUCUCGAAAUGCAAAUGGGUGACCAAGAGGAUCCCUAUCAAUUCCUCAGUGAUUAUUCAAAGUCAUCAUAUCAAUCCGAUCUACUUCUCACUCUCUACGGACUUGCAAACGGUCCCCGUAAGAUCCAAGUACUAUCGGCACUGGAAAGAUUCGGAUUCAUAAAGAUACUACAUACAAUUAUAACAACCAUAGAUUGGACUAAAUCUGAAUUCAAUGAAGACAACAAUAGUAAUAAUAAUAAUAAUGAUAAUCAAGUAUCGACAUCUUGGGAACCAAAUAUUUUAGGAUUACCAAAGCGUGAAUUACUUCGUGAACUCCUUCCAACGAUUGCAAAGAAUCGUACACUACAGAGAAUGGUUGAUAGAUUAAAUUAUAUAAUAUAUGUAGUUAUUAUCGUUUGUAAAAUAGGAAGAAUGUCACCACCAACAGAACCUUAUGAAUCUAAAAUAUUACAAGAUUCUCUUCAAAUCGAUAGUUUCGUAUCUAAUAUUAUAUCGGGUAGCUUUGAUCUCCAGUUGACAAUACAAGAUGGGGCUAUUGGGAAAUUUGAAGUGUAUUUAAGAGUAGACUUGAAGUUUAGUCAAAUGUCAGAGAGUUUGAAAAUAUUAGAUAGAAGUCUGGAUUGUAAUCAAAAAACAUUGAAAAUCAAUAUUCCUUUCGUUACACCACUCACCGGUGACACUAUUUUCAGAAUAUCAAUCAAUAGAGGUCCAUGCUCAGCUUUUCACAAUUUGGUAUUGGCUAAUAUCGAUGGACAAUGGAAACUUGAGAUUCCUUACGUUUUUAACGAGUCUUUGGAGUCACUAGGUUAUCGAAUAUAUAGAUAUACAGAUGACACAAACCAAUCGUUCUAUAGAUAUAAUGAAUGGACUGCUACCGACAGUUAUUCAAUCGAAACUUUAUCCAAAUAUUUCUUUGGAGAUUUUAUAGUCAGUGGAGGCUCAGCAGCUCAAAAGAUGGAUUACAAGUUCAAAUGCAGAUCAAGAUACGGAUCAGACGAGGAACGAUAUAAACCCAAACCUACUUUAGAACAAUUGGCAGAUAUUAUAUGUUAUAAUGCAUCAAAGUUGUCAGCCAACAGUGUUUUGAUUUAUUUCAUCGAUCAGAAUGAUAAAGUCUUUGAUAUGACCAUUCCAAGUAAUGAGAUUGGAGAUUACGAUCCACAUAAACUGAUUGAUUUACUCAAAUUGGGAUAUCAGCACUUUGUAGAUAUGGAGGAUAUCGAUCAAUCAUCAGAAUACAAUGAUAAACAAUUUACUUUAAAAACAACUCAUUUUAAUAUCAGAUCAUCAGAUAUCGAUAUAUCCAGAGAUAGUCGCAAUAGAAAUUCGUGUAUAAAGAUGGGAAACAAACAAAUUAAAAAGUUUAUUAUUAAUAAAUCUACAAUUUCAAAAUAUCUUUCAAAAAAGAAAAUUAAAAUUGUUUUGACCAUCGUAGCAUUGAUAGUUAUUACAUUGAUUAUAUUUACAAGUGUUUAUAUUGUAGAGAAGAAAAAGAGAGAGAAUAAUAGUAUUAAACAUAAUGAUACUAUAAGUAGUUUAAAAACAAAGAAUGUUAAAAACAAUAGUAUCAAUCCAACUAUAAUUUUAUCUUUAGAUGGUUUUAGAUAUGAUCUACUAGAUAGAGGUAUAACACCAAAUCUAAAAUCAUUGUAUGAUGAUGAUGAUGCAUCAAAAAGUAAUAGUUAUGGCGUAAGAGCUGAUUAUAUGACACCUCAAUUUCCUACAAAAACAUUCCCAAAUCUAACAUGUGCAUGUUAUCUUUGGCCAGGUUGUCAAGAAUACUUUCCAAAAUAUAAUAUUUAUCCAUAUAUAGGAACAAAAUCAGAUGUUGUAAUAGAUCAAGUUAUAGAUUGGCAAUUAAAUGAGAAACCAAACUUAACAAUGGCAUAUCUUUAUGAUGUAGAUAUUGCUGGACAUCAUAAUGGUGUAGAUUCGUUGAAAUUCAAUCAAAGUAUAGCAUUUGUGGAUAAUGCUAUUGGAAAACUAUUAUCAUCCCUAAAGAAAAAUCAACUAUUCGAUUCAACCAAUAUAAUAAUAGUAUCUGAUCAUGGAAUGACCAAUAUCAUCGAUACAAUAGAUGUAUCUAGCUAUAUCAAUACAACGGAGGUCUAUGCACCAGAUAUCUCACCGAUACUCUCUGUCUACGAGAAUGAUAUCGGUGGUGAGAAAGCAUUGUUAGAUACCUAUAUUAAAUUGAAAGAAGCCAACCUUGAACAUUUAAAUAUAUAUUUUAAAAAAGAUAUACCAAGCUCUCUUCACUAUAGCAAUCCAAAUAACGAAAGAAUUGCACCGUUGAUCGCAAUAGCCGAUGAAGGAUAUCAAAUCAUUUUGAAUUCAUCUCCAAUAGUUGGAUUAGGUAGUCAUGGUUAUUCAAAUAGUAGUAGUAAUAAUAAUAAUACACCACAACAACAAAUAGUUAAAAAGAUACCAACUAGAAGAGUUACAACUUUAAAGAAAAAGAUUGAAAAUGAUGAGGAUCAGAGUUCAGAUUUAAUAGAGACAUCGAAAUCAUUGUUAAAGAAAGAACAUCAAAAGUCAAAGAGACUACAGAGUAUACAUGAUCGUGCACCUGAAGAUCGUUCUCUCUCGCAGAAAGCAUACUUUGAGAAGUUGGCAAAGUCUGGUAAGUUUGAAGAGGCAGAGGAGCUACUGAAGCAUAUGCCUGAGGAGCGCAGAACGAUCUACGCUUACGAGAAUCUGCUUCUGGCAUGUGCAGAGAGUGGCAAGUUCAAUCAGGCUUGGAAUACCUACAACACCAUGAAGAAAGAUCACAUCAAACCGACCAUCUAUACACUCGGUCAUCUCAUCAAUGUGUGUACGACCGCCAAUAACAUACCGAGUGCGAGCAUCCAGGAGCGAGUCAACAAGAUACUCAACGAGAUCGAGAAACACGAGAUAAAGAUCUCUGUUACCUUCUUUAAUAUCUUGAUGAAGACGUUGGUAUCGAUCGGCAAGUUUGACGAUGCUCUGUCGUUCAUCGAUAAGAUGAAAGCGAUCGGUGCCAAGCCGGAUAUCUCUACGUACACUACCUAUGUUGUGGCGAUGCAGGAGCAAUAUAAAACACAACAGCAGUUCAAUGAGAACAAACGGUAUUUGUUCGAGCGUAUUGCAUACUCACACGACCAUCAGGAGUUGGACACACUUCGCGUCGAAGGACUCAAGCAAAUAGAGAAAUACACCGAGAUCAUUCAAUCACUCAAGAGAAACAACGUGCAACCCGACCGUUACUUUGUCAAUACAAUCUUACAUGCAUGUAAACAAACAAAGUAUCCAGAGGGUGUAUUCGAUGUCUAUAAAACAUUCAAAGAGAUGAGAUUCACUCAGAAUCUACAAUCUGAUACGAGAACCUAUGAUAUCUUAAUAUCAACUUGUAAUUAUAUUAAUAAGAUUGAUAAAGGUUUGGAAUUAUUUGAAGAGAUGAUUAAUAAGAAUAUUAGACCGGAUAUAUCAUUGAUAAACAAUCUGUUUAGAUUGUCACUUAGAAUAGCAUCGACAAAGAAUCAAGAUAUCUAUGAUAACGAGCUGUUUAUAGAGAGAAUUAUGAAAUAUAUGAAGAGAUACGAUCUACUUCCAAACAGCGAGUCAUUCACAGUCUUGAUAUCGACAUACGCGAAACAAGGUAAACUAGAGAAGGUUUAUGAAUUAUUCUUGGAAAUGAAAGAUAUGAAUAUAAAACCAAAUAUUAAAGAUUAUACAGGUUUGAUAACAGGAUUAAAAGAUGAUAUCGAUAAAGUAAUGAAUGUAUUCAGAGUUAUUAUGUCACAAGGUUUGAAGUUAACACCAGAGUUUGUAAAACUGAUAUUAUCUAUCGUCAAGAGAAAAGGUUCUGGCCAACACGUAGAAGAGAUUUCAAGUGGAAUAAGAGAAUUAGAGAAACUAAAUAAAUAA